UUGAGCGCUUGUUCUAUACUUCUUACCCAAAGCCUUCGUCAAAGCAAACACAACGCCAAACUCAAAAAAAAAAAGUUUGUUGUGUUACUCUCUUUUUCACUUUUUUUUUUCCUCUUUUAUCACAAAAUCAGUUCUCCAGAUCUCCUCUCUCGUCUCCUAUUGUUGUCUCAUUUUCCCUGUCCCCGAGCGCUGCUUUUCUUCUUCCAAUAUAGGAUCUGAUUACUUCUAUAACUUGGGUUUCCAGGAAAGCUAGAGCCCAUUAAACAUUCACAUGUAUGUAAGUGAUAUCCAAGUUUAAAGCUUUUUCCUGUUCUUUUCUAUCAUUUCUCUACUGUUUUCGAGAUCUGAUUAGAUUGGGUUUUCAAAAAUAAACAAAACCCAUGAAGAAGUCUGAUUAGUUUUUCAUUCUUUAUUAUUAAAGUUGUGCAUUUUGUUUGUUUAUCUGGGGAUCUGAUUAGUUUUUGCAAUUGGGUUUUCAAAGAUAAGAGAAAACCCAUGAAAGAAUCAGAUUUAAGCACUGAUCCAAUUGGACAAAAUCUGAUAAAACUGAUAAGCAAUCUAUGUUUCUCAGUUUUUGUGUUUUCAGUGCUAAUAUUUACAGUUAUUGCCAUCACCUACCAACCCCCCGACCCAUGGCUGGAGUCAGCUCCUGCCUUAACCAAACUCUUCACUCAAACUGAAAAUGCCACUUUCAAAAAUGACAAUUCUAUCCUCAAAACUGGUGAAGAUUUACUUGCUAUGCCAGCUACUGCCGUGCCCCCUGCUUUAGCACUCAAUCCCAUCACUGAAACCGUGAUCAAGAAGUCUGAAGAGAAAAUUUCGAAUUUAAGCCUAAAAUCAGACUGUGAGGAGGUAAAAGUUUUGAAUUGUUCGGAUCCACGUGUUUUACUCACAGUCGAGAAAUUCAAUUUGAAAACUUUCAAGUCUAUAGUGUUUCUGGAGUAUCAAACUCCGGUCAGUGGGUCGAAACCAGACGAAUGUGAUGUGGCUUGGAGGUUUAGGAACAAGAAAGAAAGGUCGUGGAGAAAGUACAGGGAUUUUAGAAGGUUCAAGUUUGUGAUUGGAGAGAAUUGUACCUAUAAAGUGGUGUAUGCAAGUGGCUGGCAUUCAGGCAUUAACGCUCGGAGGCCUAGGAGUACACCUAACACCACAAGGAGUGGUGGGAAUCCCAAGCUCGCACCACCUAUACAUGACGAAGAGAUAAAUGAUACAAUUCCAACUUUGGGCUCAGAAAUGAACUUUAGAAAAGGGAAGUAUUUGUAUUAUGCACGGGGAGGGGACUACUGCAAGGGAAUGAAUCAUUACUUGUGGAGUUUCUUAUGUGGUUUAGGGGAGGCUAUGUAUUUGAAUAGGACAUUUGUGAUGGAUUUGAGCAUAUGUUUAUCGGCAACUUAUAAUCCAAGUAAUAAGGAUGAGGAGGGAAAAGAUUUUCGGUUUUAUUUUGAUUUUGAACAUCUUAAGGAGGUGGCAUCCAUUGUGGAGGAGAGUGAGUUCUUAAGAGAUUGGAAGAAAUGGGACAGGGGCCAUAAAAGAAAGUUGCCAGUCAAGAAGGUAACAACCUAUACAGUCACACCAAUGCAACUUAAGAAAGAUAAGAGCACAAUCAUUUGGAGGCAGUUUGAUGCUCCAGAGCCUGAAAACUAUUGGUACAGGGUAUGUGAGGGGCAAGCAGCUAAGUACAUUCACAGGCCAUGGCAUGCUUUAUGGAAAUCAAAGAGAUUGAUGAAUAUAGUGACUGAGAUCAGUGGACAAAUGGACUGGGAUUUUGAUGCUGUGCAUGUUGUUCGAGGGGAAAAAGCACAGAAUAAAGAACUCUGGCCACACUUGGAUUCUGAUACAUCCCCUGAUGCUCUUCUUUUGAAGCUUAAAGAAAUGAUUCAGCCUUGGAGGAAUCUGUACAUAGCAACAAAUGAGCCGUUCUAUAAUUACUUUGAUAAAUUGAGAUCUCAAUACAAGGUCCAUUUGCUCGAUGAUUACCAGGAUUUAUGGAGUAACACAAGUGAGUGGUACAAUGAGACAAAGCAGCUGAAUGAUGGAAAACCAGUUGAGUUUGAUGGAUACAUGAGAGUUGCUGUGGAUACCGAGGUACUUUACAGGGCAAAGACACGGGUAGAAACCUUUAAUAAUUUAACCAAUGACUGCAAGGAUGGAAUUAAUACAUGCUGAACAGCUUGUAUGGCAAGAGCGAAGAUUCAAAUUCACAAAACGUGAUGCUAAGAUUUCUUAGACAUACGAGUUGCAUGCAUUAUGGUAUCUUUCGCUGCCUUGAACUAGUUGUUGCAUGAUACCCCUCAGUUUGUUUUGGCUUCUUGAUCCUAUGCCAGGAAUUUGUGUGGAUGGUGAUGAGCCAAUGAUGAUAGUACAAGUUCAACUUAUUAUGGCUUGGUGUUGACUGUUGAAUGUUUUACUUACAAUAUACUUUCUGUGGAUGGUGUUGACUGUUUAAUGUUUUACAAGUUCAACUUCUAGUAAUGAUCCGUAGUCGCAUUCAGGCAUGUACACAAUAUACUUGGAUGGAACAAUGGGCUGCAGGGUCUAUAAUUUAAAUGUCUGAUUCCGGACAUUAAGGCUUUACUUGGUAGGAGUAGGAUGGUAGGAAGCAUGUAAAAGAUGAAGGAUGAAAAUUUUGAUAAUAGAAAAACAAAUCAACCAACUUUUUGUUAUUACCCAUAAAUAACUUGAUGGCAUUGCUAUUUAGGAUUUGGGCUAGCCUUCCAGAAGUUGUUAUACUCAUCACCCGUCAUCCUUUGCACUAAGCUUUCCAUUUUACUUGUAAAAAUUCACCGCUGU